ACUUAAAUUAGUAAACUCCUUUCUGAUCUGACCAGACUAGAGAUCUAAAAAUCUUGAUGUAGAUCUAGAUCUAAAUUCUAACAGCUUUCACUGUUUCAGUCAUUGUCGACUCAACUUUGUAUAAUCUAAUAAAUGUGUUGGUAUGACAAAACGUUUUGUUAACACUACACAGUGACAAGUGUGGCUGAGUAAGCAACAAGAUUGUAUUAGAAACCAGAUUUCUUUGCGAGAAAGACGCUAUGGAUGACUAUGACAGUGCAUCAAACCAUCAAGAGGUUCCGGGCUAUGUGCCAGUAGAAUUAAUACUCCAACAUCCCCAGCAUGGCACCUAUUCAAUAGUUAGAGUGGAGUUUCCUUUAACCACCAAAGUUUCUAUUUUAAAACAAGACAUGGAAAAACGGUUGAAAAUUCCACCCGAGCGUCAAGAGUGGUUUUAUAAAGGGGUUGUCAUGCAACCGUAUGAUACAAUGUUGCACAGGAGAGUCAAAGUUGAUGAUAAAAUUGUUGUUAAGGAGAAUACAGCUACAGGGCACUAGCCAAAAGAUUAACUGUUAUAUGGCAUUUCAGAUCAGUCUUGCACCAGAGUUUUAGGAUGGACCGAUGUAGGAGGAGUGACCUGUGACCUGACGGCAUUUCAGGACUGACACAACCUUGUGUCGAUCUAAAGGAGUUUUAAGGCUGACCUGCCAACAUAGGUGACGAAGUGGAUCUUCAGGA